ACGCCUAUGCUAUUAUUGACCCAAAAAAAAAAUAAAUAAAUAAAUAAAUAAAAACUACUUCUCUGCUACACCGAUUGGCAGAUUGCUGAAUGAAAUUGGAAUCCUCAUUGAUUUUGUUUUCCUAAUUUAUUUUGGUGUUUCUUCCUCCUUUCUCUCUAUAGUUACUGGCCCCACAGAACCACUCUGAAUCAAAUCCAAAGGCUAGCUUUUGCUUGUUUAUCUUUCAGGUUGCAUUAACAUAAUUUAUUCUUGAGCUCUGAGCACAAAAUGGGGAGUGUCAAUGGAGACAAACUCAGGUUUUGCAUUGACAGAGGGGGCACAUUCACUGAUGUUUAUGCCGAAAUUCCUGGUCAACCUGAUGGUCGAGUUUUGAAACUUUUGUCUGUUGACCCAUCAAACUAUGAAGAUGCUCCAGUUGAAGGAAUUCGGAGGAUUCUUGAAGAAUUUACAGGGGAGAAAAUUCCACGUAGUUCAAAAAUACCAACUGAUAAGAUAGAGUGGAUAAGGAUGGGUACAACAGUGGCAACAAAUGCACUUUUAGAGAGAAAAGGAGAAAGGAUUGCGCUGUGUGUGACUCAAGGGUUCUCUGAUCUGCUCCAGAUUGGUAACCAAGCUCGUCCAAAAAUAUUUGACCUCACUGUGUCAAAACCAUCAAACCUUUAUGAGGAGGUUAUUGAGGUCGAUGAGAGGAUUGAGCUUGUUCAAGAUGAGGGAGAAAAUCAGGGCUCUUCCACAUUAAUUAAAGGGGUUUCAGGUGAGCUUGUUAAGGUUGUGAAGCCUCUUAAAGAAGAAGCUCUAAAGCCUUUACUAAAAGGUCUGUUGGACAAAGGGAUUAACUGUUUGGCUGUUGUUUUGAUGCAUUCCUAUACUUAUCCACAGCACGAAAUAGCUGUGGAAAAGUUAGCUGUGAGUUUGGGCUUCAAACAUGUUUCCUUAUCUUCAGCUCUGACGCCCAUGGUUCGAGCUGUUCCUCGGGGUCUGACAGCUAGUGUGGAUGCAUACUUGACUCCAGUAAUUAAAGAAUACUUAUCAGGGUUCAUGUCCAAAUUUGAUGAAGCACUGGGGAAGGUGAAUGUUUUGUUUAUGCAAUCUGACGGAGGACUUGCACCAGAGAAUCGAUUUUCAGGGCAUAAAGCAGUUUUGUCAGGUCCCGCUGGUGGGGUUGUUGGUUAUUCACAGACUCUUUUUGGGCUUGAAACAGACAAACCCCUCAUUGGGUUUGACAUGGGUGGUACAUCUACGGAUGUGAGCCGUUAUGCUGGAACUUAUGAACAAGUCCUGGAAACCCAGAUUGCUGGUGCCAUAAUACAAGCGCCUCAGCUCGACAUAAAUACUGUUGCUGCAGGUGGUGGAUCAAAGUUGAAGUUCCAGUUUGGAGCUUUUCGGGUUGGACCGGAAUCUGUGGGGGCACAUCCAGGUCCAGUGUGUUACCGGAAAGGAGGAGAAUUGGCAGUUACAGAUGCAAACUUGGUUUUAGGAUUCGUUAUUCCCGAUUAUUUUCCAUCCAUCUUUGGCCCCAAUGAAGACCAGCCUUUAGAUAUCAAGGCAACAAGAGAAGAGUUUGAGAAGCUUGCAAUACAAAUAAAUUCUUACAGAAAGAGUCAGGAUCCAUCUGCAAAGGACAUGACAGUAGAGGAGAUUGCAAUGGGAUUUGUGAAUGUGGCUAAUGAAACAAUGUGUCGUCCAAUAAGGCAAUUGACUGAGAUGAAGGGCCAUGAGACAAGGAACCAUGCUCUUGCUUGCUUCGGAGGUGCAGGGCCGCAACAUGCUUGUGCCAUUGCUAGAUCUUUGGGUAUGAAAGAGGUACUCAUUCACAGGUUUUGUGGGAUUUUAAGUGCAUAUGGGAUGGGAUUGGCAGAUGUUGUAGAAGAGGCACAGGAGCCAUAUUCUGCUGUUUAUGGUCCUGAAUCUGUGAUUGAGGUCUCUAAUAGGGAAGCUAAUUUACUGAAGCAGGUAAAACAGAAGCUGCAAGAGCAAGGGUUCAGAGAUGGAAACAUUACAACAGAGACAUAUCUAAAUCUAAGGUAUGAAGGUACAGACACUUCAAUCAUGGUUAAACAGAAAGCCAAAAAUGGAGUUUUAAGUGACUAUGAUGUGGAAUUUGUGAAGAUGUUCCAGCAGGAGUAUGGUUUUAAAUUGCAGAACAGGAAAAUCUUAAUAUGUGACGUUAGAGUCCGUGGUGUGGGAGUCACUAAUAUAUUGAAGCCACAGGCUACACAGUGUGCAUCUGGUACUCCUAAAAUUGAAGGCUCUUACAAGGUUUAUUUUGGGAAUGAAUGGAAAGAUGCACCACUAUUCAAGCUUGAGAAGCUAGGAUAUGGGCACGUCAUCCCUGGUCCUGCAAUCAUCAUGAACGGAAACAGUACCGUGAUAGUAGAACCCAGCUGUAAAGCUGUCAUAACCAAAUAUGGAAACAUUAAAAUUGAGAUAGAGUCUACUUCAAGCACCGUGAAGGUAGCAGAAAAGGUUGCAGAUGUUGUGCAGCUGUCAAUUUUCAAUCACAGGUUUAUGGGUAUAGCUGAACAGAUGGGAAGGACCCUACAGAGAACGUCUAUCUCAACAAACAUAAAGGAACGACUAGAUUUCUCAUGUGCCCUUUUUGGACCUGAUGGGGGACUAGUUGCUAAUGCCCCUCAUGUUCCUGUGCACUUAGGGGCUAUGUCUAGUACAGUUAGGUGGCAGAUCAACUUCUGGGGUGACAAUUUGAGUGAAGGAGAUGUUUUGGUCACCAAUCAUCCUUGUUCUGGAGGCAGUCAUCUUCCUGAUAUUACUGUUAUUACUCCUGUUUUUGAUAAUGGAAAGCUGGUAUUUUUUGUGGCAAGUAGAGGACAUCAUGCAGAGAUUGGUGGCAUUACUCCUGGAAGCAUGCCACCCUUUUCCAAGUCGAUAUGGGAGGAAGGUGCUGCCAUAAAAGCAUUUAAGCUUGUAGAAAAGGGAAUCUUUCAAGAAGAAGGAAUUGUGAAACUUUUGAUGUUCCCCUCUUCGGAUAAAAUAGAACAUAAGAUCCCAGGAACCCGUAGGCUUCAAGAUAAUUUAUCAGAUCUUCGAGCUCAAGUAGCUGCAAAUCAGAGAGGGAUUUCCCUUAUCAAAGAGCUUAUUGAGCAGUAUGGUUUGGACACUGUUCAGGCUUACAUGACAUAUGUACAGUCGAAUGCUGAAGGAGCAGUAAGAGAAAUGUUGAAGUCUGUUGGUUCUAGAGUUUCAUCUCAAUCAAAUAGUUUUGGAGAUAGAAAUUCUGUGACUAUUGAAGAAGAGGAUUACAUGGAUGAUGGGUCUGUCAUUCAUUUGAAACUUACAAUUGAUUCGGACAAAGGUGAAGCAAAUUUUGAUUUUAGUGGAACCAGUCCAGAAGUUUAUGGGAAUUGGAAUGCACCAGAAGCAGUAACAGCUGCAGCAGUCAUAUACUGUCUUCGCUGUUUGGUGGAUGUUGAUAUUCCCCUCAAUCAAGGUUGUCUGGCUCCUGUAAAAAUCCAUAUACCACCAGGCUCAUUCCUCUCUCCAAGUGAUAAGGCUGCAGUAGUUGGGGGUAAUGUUCUCACAUCCCAGAGAAUAACUGAUGUUGUACUUACUGCAUUUCAGGCCUGUGCUUGUUCACAAGGCUGUAUGAAUAAUCUCACUUUUGGGGAUGAUACGUUUGGUUAUUAUGAGACAAUUGGAGGUGGCAGUGGGGCUGGGCCAACCUGGGAUGGAACCAGUGGAAUCCAAUGCCAUAUGACCAAUACACGAAUGACUGACCCAGAGAUUUUCGAGCAGAGAUAUCCUGUUAUACUGCAUAAAUUUGGUCUCAGAGAGAAUAGUGGCGGAGUUGGACUGCGCAAAGGAGGUGAUGGGCUGGUCAGGGAGAUAGAGUUCAAGCGCCCUGUUGUUGUGAGCAUUCUUUCAGAGAGGCGUGUUCAUGCUCCAAGAGGGUUAAAUGGAGGAAAAGAUGGAUCUCGUGGGGCUAACUACCUGAUCACAAAAGAUAAGAGAAUGGUUUACCUGGGGGGUAAGAACACAAUUAAGGUACAGGCAGGUGAAAGACUUCAAAUUUUAACUCCUGGUGGCGGUGGAUGGGGUUCCCUUCAUUGAUUCUUCAUGUGUUUCAACAGGAAAAGAAGCAGCUGUGGAUUGAUCAGUUUUAAGCCUUUCACACUAGUUAUCCUUGAAUCUUUCGAGUAUGACCGUGUUUGUGCAGUUGGGACUUAGUAGCAGCUGAGUAUUAAAGGAGCAAAAAGCUGCUGCUGAGAAAUGAUCUGUUGUCUAAAUCCAUCGAACAUCGUCCUUGCUCAGGAAAUAAGAGUGGGGUGAUACCUGCAUUCACAUGGCUGGUUCCUGGUACUUUUCUGUAAACCUUAGAUUGAGGUCUCUCAUUGAAAUAAUUGAUUUGGUUUUACCAAAAAAAAAAAAAAAAAAAAAAAGGAUUAUAAGCACGUCUAUGUUUCAUUUUGUUGUUCAAUAAUGAAAUCCCACAGCCAUACAAAUUUCAAGUAUUAACAUAAUGUUCCUUGGUUAAAUUUUUCUCAUACAAAUCCCAAAAUAUGCUCUGUUGUGGCUGA